GGAGUUAGUGGUGUAUUGGAAUGCCCCAGCCUCUUCCAACUCCCACUUAAUGGCAAUGAGGCUAAUCUUAAAUGGGUCUUACAAGUGGGAGUCAAUCCUGGCGGGCCACCUGGAACUACUGGCUCAGGAACGCUGUACCAACUCGGAACUUUCGAUGGAACGAGAUUCACUGCGGAAUCAGGGGUCACACAAUCAUCUCCUACAUCAACUAUUACCACGCCACCCACCGAAACACCAGCUCCUGUAAACAGUAGUAUCAUCUUCGAAAGCUUCAAGGGGACUGGUACCUAUGCUAGUCGUGGCUGGAACGCCACUGGAGAUUUACGUGGGGCAAGCCCAGCUCAAGGAACUCUUGGAGGUCAACAGCCCGUGACUGGAUAUUCGGGCAAUUUUGUCAAUACUUUUAUUAAUUUGGAUGCUACAAUUGGCACCCUAAUCUCACCAUCCUUCAAUAUAACGCACAAACAAAUCAGUUUUCUCAUUGGUGGAGGCAAUUUACCCGGCCAAGAAUGUAUCAAUCUGAAGAUCCAGGGUCAAGUCGUCCGGACUGCUACCGGCGCGAACGCAGAAAUGCUGAUCCCACAAAGUUGGGACGUCUCUGACUUACUGGGCCAAAGCGCUGUUAUUGAGAUUGUCGAUUCCUCAACAUCAGGCUGGGGACAUAUCAUGAUUGACGAGAUCACCUUCUCAGACGCGUCACCGGAGGUGAGCCUUUCUAGAUGGGUAGAUUUCGGCCCCGAUUUCUAUGCUGCCGUACCCUUUAACGGACUAUCAGUUGCGGACCGAGUUGGUAUCGCAUGGAUGAGUAACUGGCAAUAUGCAUCAUCAAUCCCUACAUCACCAUGGCGAGGUGGCUUCACCAUUCCGCGAAAGCUAUCACUCAAAACAAUCGAUGACCGAGCAACCUUGAUACAGCAACCUGUCGCAAAUUGGACCAGUCUGGAAACCGUACCUGAAUACACGAAAUCUUGGGACACCGUAGCUGAAGGAACACAGGCUCUCCCAUUGUCGGGGAAAACGUUCGACAUCACAACCACGUUCUCAGAUAGAACUUCAACAUCGUCAUCAUCUCAAUAUGGACUCAUUCUUCGUGCCACUAGUGACUUGGGACAACAGACACGAGUUGGGUACAACUUCGCCACUAAGAGACUUUUCGUUGACCGAACGAAAUCUGGCAACGUUGGUUUUGAUGGUACAUUCUCAAGUACCUAUUAUGCUCCGCUGGCACCGUCCAGCAAUGGACAAGUUACACUGCGCAUUCUUCUCGACUGGUCUUCAGUUGAAGUUUUCGGAGGCGAUGGGCAGGCGACACUGACCACCCAAAUAUUUCCGAGUGAUAAUGGGGUUGACAUAUGGCUCUUUUCGACAGGGGGUGACACUGGUGGAGUUAAACUCAAUGCAAAGAGUAUAGGCUCAAUCUAUAACACGUCUUCCAACCCAAGUUCUAGCACAAGUUCCAACAAAAGUUCUCUGGUUACUAGCUCGACUGUGAGCACAAGCACACUGAGCAGUAUGACCAUCAGUACCAGUCCUGUUAGCACCACGGCUACUAUCAGCACUACACUAAGUACAACAUCUCGAGCCAGCCCAACUCCCGCGGCUCCUUAUGACUUUCGUCCGACGUAUCAUUUUGUUCCUGACCAGAAUUGGAUGAAUGAGCCCAACGGACUUAUCAAAAUUGGCUCUACGUGGCACCUGUUUUUCCAACACAACCCUACAGGCAAUUUCUGGGGUAAUAUAAACUGGGGGCAUGCAACCAGCACCGACCUCAUAAACUGGGUCCAUAAACCAGUUGCCAUCUCGGACGCGGACGGUAUUCAGGCUUUUACUGGGACUUCAUAUUACGAUCCAUCAAAUCUAUCAGGACUAGGGACGAGUGUAAAUCCGCCGUAUUUGGCUUUCUUUACCGGAUAUUUUUCUUCAAGCGGAGUUCAGGAUCAACGACUUGCAUACAGCUUAGAUCAAGGGACGACCUGGACAAAGUACUCGGGUAAUCCAAUCGUAUCACAACAACAAGAGUCACCGCAUGAUGUAACCAAAGGUUUGGAGGCGCGGGAUCCAAAAGCAUUUUUUCACAGCCCUACGGGUAAGUGGGUAAUGAUUCUGGCGCAUGGGGGGCAGAACAAGGUGACAUUUUGGACGUCUCCCGAUGCAAAGUCUUGGACCUGGAAAAGUGACUUCACUUCUGCUAAUAUCCCAGGACUCCCGAGUGCAAUCACGGGAUGGGAGGUACCCGACUUUUUUGAGCUUCAAGUUGAUGGUACAACGACGAAGAAAUGGGUCUUGAUAGUCACACCAGCUAAUGGCUCUCCGGCAACCGGAAAUGGAGUAUUUGGACUGACUGGGUCGUUUGAUGGUGCAGUAUUUACUGCAGACCCAAUUGACACCAGCACUCUCUGGUUAGAUUAUGGACGUGAUUUUGAUGGCGCCAUGUCUUGGGAAAAUGUCCCUGCAUCAGAUGGCCGUAGGAUCAUCGCCGCCGUUGCGAACAGCUACGGUACAAAUCCUCCAACGAAUACUUGGAAAGGCAUGCUUUCAUUCCCUCGCACGUUAAAGUUAAAACAGCUCAACGGCAAACUUCAGUUCCUUCAGCUUCCUGUGAGUGAGCUAGACGCGACGGGUACGUCGCUUACAAAAAUCACCAAUCGAAUCCUCGCUCCGGGUCAGUCCUUACUUGCGGAUCUUCACGGAAAGGCGUUAGAUAUCCGUCUAAACUUCAUCCCGGCUGCUGGUUCUACCUUAAGCCUUGCCGUCCGUAAAGGAGGAAAUGAACAGACCCUAAUCAAAUACUCCCAAUCGAGAACGGAACUUUCAGUCGACCGCAACGCAAGUGGGAAUACCGGUUACGAUCCUGCUGCAGGCGGAAUUCACGUUGCCGCCCUUCAAGCCGACUCCAACGGUGUGGUGCAUGUGCGAGUCUUGGUCGACGAAUGUUCGGUGGAAGUAUACGGUGGAGAGGGCGAAUCAGUGAUCUCUGAUCUUAUUUUCCCUGCGGCCAGUUCCGACGGUCUUUCCUUAACUACGGAUGGAGGUAACGUUGACUUGCGAUCGGUGGAAGUGCGUGCAAUUACAGUAUUCUAGAGUGACUUCUGUGGAGGAUUGCUGCUGAGAUUGUGGGACAAGUGGCAACAGAGCUUGUCAAUGACCUGUGUCCA